AUUUAAAUUUUGAUGCUCAUUAUCUUCUUCUUCCCACUGAUUAAUUUAGCUGUCACUCACGGGUCUGUUUUCUGUGAGUGAAUAAAUAAUUAAUGGAAUCCAAAGUCAUUUCCUCUGGAAUCCGGUACUCCAGCUUGCCGGCAAGUUAUGUCAGGCCCGAAUCUGAACGUCCCCGGCUAUCCGAAGUCUCUGCCUGCGAUGAUGUUCCAGUCAUAGACCUCGGCUCCGACGACCGAGCCCAUGUUGUUCAACAAAUUGGUGAUGCCUGCACAAACUAUGGCUUUUUUCAGGUGAUAAAUCAUGGGGUUUCAGAGGAGGCAGUGGAGAAGAUGUCAAGGGUGGCCGGUGAUUUCUUCAGGCUACCGGUGGAGGAAAAGCUGAAGCUGUAUUCGGAUGAUCCGUCCAAGACAAUGAGGCUUUCAACUAGCUUUAAUAUUAACAAGGAGCAGGUUCACAACUGGAGAGAUUAUUUAAGGUUCCAUUGCUAUCCUUUGGACAAGUAUGUGCCUGAGUGGCCAUCUAAUCCUCCUUCAUUCAAAGAAAUUGUGAGUAACUAUUGUAAGGAAGUCCGAGAACUUGGAUUCAGGCUUGAAGAAUUGAUAUCAGAGAGCCUGGGCUUGGAGAAGGACUACAUAAAAAAUGUCCUAGAUAAGCAAGGGCAACACAUGGCCGUGAACUACUACCCGCCAUGUCCGGAACCGGAGCUGACGUAUGGAUUGCCCGGACACACCGACCCCAAUGCUCUUACAAUUUUGCUUCAAGACUUGCAAGUUGCGGGCCUCCAAGUACUCAAGGACGGUAAAUGGGUUGCAGUUAAUCCCCGGCCGGACGCCUUUGUCAUUAACGUAGGUGAUCAAUUACAGGCACUGAGUAAUGGGAGGUACAAGAGCGUCUGGCACCGAGCAAUUGUCAAUGCAGACAAGGCAAGGAUGUCGAUUGCUUCCUUCCUCUGCCCGUAUGACGAUGCCAUAAUCAGCCCUGCAAAACCUCUCACUGAGGAUGGAUCAGGUGCCAUAUACAGGGAUUUCACCUAUGCCGAAUAUUACAGCAAGUUUUGGAGCCGAAACCUGGACCAGGAACAUUGUUUGGAGCUUUUCAAGAAUUAGUUCUCUACUACAACUAGCAGUCUAGGAUACUUUCUGCUACUUUGAUCCGUUUGUUGUAAUUCAAUUCUUGUCCUAGGCAGACUUGUGGAACCAUUCUAUGUUGCAGUUCAAAUUCCCUUCCUCACUUUUAUUAUCCGAAACAGUGCAAGACAAUAUCAUUUUAUAAGCAUGAAAUUGUUCUUGUUUUGAAUAAAUCUCACUCUUUAUG